UUAGCUCGGGAAUCUGGUAUUCUCUACAGGGGGAAUGAGUUCUGGUUUCACUUCCACGUAGAGAGUGAUCGUCGCCUGACCUUGGCCAGCCAGAAGAUGAGCUUCCAUUAAAGCACCGGCCUGUCAUAGAGUGGUAUUAAUAUGAUGAAUGUCUGGCUCUCAUCAAUUCCACUCAUUUGCUUGGUCGCCCUCCCCAUUGCCAUUUGCCAUCUGCCAGUCAUGGAGCUGGCGGCCGGACAGACGCUGCUUUUAGCUCCGUCACACUUCACAGCCAACGGCACCCCGGAGUUCACCACGGUCUGCAGAGAGCAGUGCUUGCUGCAUGAAUCCCAGCCAGAGACAUUCCAUGAGGCUCAUCAGCUGGACUACGAGACCGUGUAUUCCAACGGAAGCCGAAUGUUGACUACGGUUUCGGUGAGAACGCCAGGGGGCGGCGGAAGGCAUUCGAGGAAAAGGAACGCCAAGUCUUCUCGAAGGCGGAGGCAGAUUUACGGGCCGGACGUUCGAUUUUCCAUCAGCCGUCCAUUUCUGAGAGACUUCCCUUUCGCGUCGGCCGUUCGCCUGUCCACGGGUUGCACCGGCGUGCUGGUGACCGAACGCCACGUCCUGACAGCGGCUCACUGCGUCCACGAUGGUCAGGACUACGUUCAAGGGGCGCGCAAGCUGCGCGUUGGUUUCCUAAGACAUGGAGGAAGGCCCGCCUUGCGUUGGGUACGCGUUCAAAGUACCAGGUUACCCCGAGCGUGGAUCGGCGCCCCCACAGAACUCAGCAUGGAUUACGAUUACGCUUUGCUGGAGCUUCGGCGCGCACAACCGCAUCCUUACAUGCACCUAGCGGCCUCGCCUCCAUUGGGAGAUCUUGCUGGAAGACGUGUCCACUUCUCAGGAUUUGACAGCGACAGGCCCGGGGAGCUGGUCUACCGAUCGUGCAGAGUGCAGGAACAGACCAGGCAUUUGCUGUACCAGCACUGCGAUGCCCGUCCUGGAGCUAGCGGCUCGGGAGUCUAUGGAAGACUGCGGCAUGGUGGCCGCUGGAAGAGGAAAGUCAUUGGGGUCUUCUCUGGACAUCAGUGGCUGGAAGUAUCAGGAGAGCCAAGAGAGUAUAAUGUGGCCGUCAGGUUGACCCCCCCGAAAUAUGCUCAGAUUUGCUAUUGGAUACGCAAGGCCAAUGGGAGCUGCCACGAAGAAUGAUUGGGACCAUGA